AUGUUGACUGUUAGUACUAAGCUGCGUCGCAGCGCGCUGAUUCUCGCGUUGUGGCUGCUCGUGGUGGACGCCCAGUCGGGUGAUCUCGUAUAUCUGGAGGAAUCGCAAGCGCAAUUCUUGAAAGACUGGACAUCUCAGGAUUGGUCCGAGGACCCGUGCGAUUAUAUUCCUUUCGUCGGCUGCAACAACGACGGCAUGAUUGAUACACUGUACUUGCGUAGCUUUCGGACGGAAUCCAUUCCAGGCUCAAUCAGCGCGCUCCAGAAACUCCAAAUCAUCCGGAUAAUUGGCUCAACCAUUCCAGGCACAAUUCCUUCAGAAUUGGGAAGCAUCACUUCUCUUAUGUCCGUAGAGCUGAGCUAUAUCGAAGGCUUGUCGGGUCCCAUACUGCCAGCACUCCUGAACUCGCCUAGAAUCGACAGGCUGAUUCUCAACAGGUGCAAUUUCAAUGGAACCAUCCCGUCAGGAAUUGACUCCUUCGCAAGCCUCGAGUACCUGUGA